GUAUGCUGAUGUGGCACUGAAAGACCCGCCUUCUUCUGCCGUUACGUGUUUCCGGGAGACGGCCUUCCUUCUUCCCGGCACACGUAAACAUGGCGCCCCCCAUCCCUCUGCUAGCAGUGCGUGGAUCAGAUGGUACGGCUCUGCUCUCUGGUCCUCCCACAUGUGAGGAACACUCAUCCUUCCAGAGGGACUCCAGGAGCAGCAGGUGUGUGACCUUCAGCAGAGAUGGGACUCUGUUCGGCUGGUGCAACGGACAAAAUGUCUCCGUGGUGAAGUCUUCAGACGUCUCCGUGGUAACCUCCCUAAAUCUCCCGAAGACGUCUCUGUUGGACAUCUCUCCUCUCAACACCAUCCUGGUCACCUGGCAACCGUACAGCAAAACCAUCGCCAACAAGCUCCACAUGCAGAAGGUGUCUGACUUCGUGUUGUCUCCUGGAGGACAGCCCAGCAAGGUGUGCGUCUACGUCCCCGGCAGUAAAGGAGCUCCAUCGUUUGUGCGUCUGUACCAGUACCCGGUGCUGGGGGGCCCCACCGCGGCAAGAGCCAACAAGAGCUUCUUCAAGGCCGACAGAGUCAGCAUGGUCUGGAACAGGAAGGCGUCUGCUGUUCUGGUGACGGCGAGCACGGAGGUGGAUAAAACCGGCGCUUCUUAUUACGGCGAGCAGACGCUUCAUUACCUCGCCGUCAACGGAGAGACCGCGCUGGUCCAGCUACAGAAGAAGGGUCCGAUCUACGACGUGGUCUGGAGUCCCGGCUCGGCUGAGUUCUGCGUGGUCUACGGCUUCAUGCCGGCUAAAGUCACCGUCUACAACCUUAAGUGUGAUCCGGUGUUUGACUUCGGGACCGGACCCAGAAACGCUGCUUACUACAGUCCUCAGGGUAACAUCCUGGUCCUGGCUGGUUUCGGGAACCUGCGCGGACAGAUGGAGGUCUGGGACGUCAAGAAGUACAAACAGGUGUCCAAACCCCAGGCGCCGGAUGCCACGCAUUUCUCCUGGUGUCCGGAUGGCGAGCACGUUGUCACGGCGACGUGUGCCCCGCGGCUGCGCGUCAGUAACGGCUAUAAGAUCUGGCACUACACCGGCUCGGUGCUGCACCGCGAGGAGACGCCCGCCGGCAGCGAGCUGUGGGAGGUCCGCUGGCAGCCCUUCCCCGAGGGGAGCUUCCCCGAGAGGCCCGUCAAGUACCAGGCGGCGCCCAGCGAGCUCGGCACCACACAGGCCCCGCCCACUCAGGCCUACCGCCCCCCCGCACUCAGACACCUGCCGGCCACGCCCAGCAGCAAACUGCAUGAGGAGGAGCUCCCCCAGAACCAGCGUCCGGUGGCCCCCGGAGAUAAAGGUCUCUCUAAGUCCGCUCUGAAGAACCAGAAGAAACGAGAAGCCAAGAAAGCUGCGAAACAGGAGGCGAAGCCUGAACCUGAAGCUCCGUCUGAUCCCGCCCCCGUCAGCAACAGCCAAUCAGAGCCGAGCAGCGGUGACCCCGAGACUGACAAGAAGAUCAAGAACCUAAAGAAGAAACUGAAAGCCAUCGAGGAGCUCAAGGAUCAGCAGGCUUCUGGAAAAGUCCUGCAGAAGAACCAGCUGGAGAAGCUCCAGAAGGAGGAUCAGCUGCUGAAGGAGCUGGAGGAUCUACAGAUCGGACAGUAGGGGGGGCUACAGGCCACGCCCCCCUCCCUGUACACACAUAUACACACACAGAGACACACACACACACACACACACACACACACACACACACACACACACACAGACACACACAUUUGAUUGGAUGGAUGGAUGGAUAUGAGUUUUCUUUCGUCCCAAGGAAUCCUGGGAAAUGUAGUGUGUGUGUGUGUGUGUGUGUGUGUGUGUGUGUGUGUGUGUGUGUGUGGGGCCCUGUUGCUAUGCAACAUCUGUACAGAUGCUGAAGCCUUCAACAGUGUACCUUUCAGAAUAAAAGUAGCUCAUUAAAAUGAAACUAAUAAAGUUUGUUAUUCAGUCA